ACACCCAUUGAAAGACCGCAUAUUCUUCGAGCUUGGUCGGUAUAUGAUGAUUUCGUUUUUGUUGUUGUUUCUAUCAAAAUUUAAUCGUAUUAUUUAAUUUAUUUAAAUUUGAAUAGCGCAAUAAUGACAUCUUGUCAAAUUGUAUUUGACAAAAAUGAUCAUGGAACAUUUUUCACGGGUCAAAUUGUUAGCGGUAUUCAAUUAAAAAUUUGCGGUUUCUCUUCGGCCACAUGGAAAGAUCGUCGCUCUGGGGCAAAGAAAGAGCAUCAUCACAAAAAACGCAGAUUUAGUGGAAGAGAAGAUUAUAUAUCAUCUAAUACAUUUCUCAAAGGUUCUGAUACUGGACAGGAAGUAAUAGUCGAACCAGGUUCACAUGUCUUCACCUUUCAAUGUCUCAUACCUGAAAAUUGUCCUUCAUCAUUUGAAGGAAAAUACGGCCAUAUACGAUAUGUUGCUAAGGUAAUAAUGAUCAAUUCACUCUCGAAAAACCACGCAUACACUGUUGGAUUCACAGUUUUAAAACUGCUUGAUUUAAAUUGGGAUUCCAGUUUGUUGAAGAUGCCAGCCAAUAUCGAAGCUAUCGAAGGAUUUUGCUUGAGUACUGCCAAGCCAGUAUUACUUAGCGUUGAUAUAACUCAGACCGGAUAUGUUCCGGGUCAAAUGAUUUUGGUUAGUGGCGAGGUGAAUAAUCAAUCUAAUUGUGAUGCAAAGAAGAUUAAUGUCUAUCUUAACUUAAAAGCAACUUACACCUCAGAUUGUCCUCGUACAAAUUUUAAAACUGAAAAAAUCUGCUUAGUCAAGAAAGAAUCAAGUCCAGUAGCUCGAAGAUCUCGUCGAAAUUUUACUGAAAUCAUUCGAGUUCCAGCUACAGCACCCACUUGUGAACAUCUGAGUAAGAUUGUUCGUAUUUCAUACGAAAUCUCUGUGGUUGCAGUGAUGAACGGCUUCAUAAGAAAUGCCAAAGCUGUUAUACCAAUAACUAUAGGAAAUGUACCACUUCAUACGGCAUCAAUACCUGCUCCACGUUUGACUGAUGUUCCAUCGACUUCAGCGAGUGCUAUGGCUCUGGCAGGUGGAUGUCAACAAGAAAACACUGUUUCAGAAACCAUCGAACCGGAACUACCUCCACCAUCUUAUGAAGAGGCAAUGUUUAUGACAGCUGAUAUUGCAGAUGAUGAGCUACAAUCACCGAAUGGUGUUCGUGAAACUGUCCGAUUUACUCCUCGUUUUCCUGUCUUUGAUGUCGAUGGACUUCUUAUGCCGGAUUCAAUACCUAGCGCACCACCAGCACAAACAUCUCCAGUCAUAGAAAAGCCAAUUGAAGAUGAUGUCAAGUAUUUGAUAUGAUCUUGAUUAAGCAAUAGAAAUAUCGAUAACUGACAAAUUCUUUGAUUUUGACAUUUACUUUCAAUCACAGUAAACUUAUCAGUCAUGAAAUUGAAAAAGAAA